GGAGUGGAGAGGCCGGCUUCAUUUAAAGCCCUGCGCCGGGAGCGCCGCUCAGGUGACGGCCGGCUCCGCAGCUCCCGGCUAACGGUCCCGCGGCCGGGGCGCGGGCCCGGGCAGCCCAGCGGCGAGAUGCAGAACCUCGGCGCCCAGCUCCGGCGGGGCUUCACCUCCGUGUUCUCAGGCCGGGCAAGCCGGAAGCAGGCUGCCCGUGCCCAGGACCCAGUGGGCACCAUGGAGACCUACAGGAACCCCACGGAGGUACAGAUGAGCCAGCUGGUGCUGCUGUGCCAUACCAACCACCGCGGGGAGCUGAGCGUGGGGCAGCUGCUGAAGUGGAUCGACAUAACCGCCUGUCUCUCAGCUGAGAGACACGCAGGCUGCCCGUGCGUAACGGCCUCGGUGGACGACAUCUAUUUUGAGCACACCAUUAGAACUGGACAGGUGGUUUACAUAAAAGCCAAGGUGAACCGGGCCUUCAACUCCAGCAUGGAGGUGGGCAUCCAGGUCACGUCAGAGGACCCGUGCACCGAGAAGCAGUGGAGCGUGUGCAAAGCUCUGGCCACAUUUGUGGCCCAGAGAGAGUCUUCCAAGGUAAAGCUCAAACAGAUCCUGCCGCUGACGGAGGAGGAAAAGGUGGAGUACAGUGUGGCGGCAGAGCGACGAAGAAUGAGGCUGCUGUACACGGACACCAUCCAGGACCUGCUGGCCAAGAGUGUCAUUCAGGAUGAUCUGGAGAGAAGGGACUGCAGUAAGAUGGUACCUGCCGAGAAGACCCGAGUGGAGAGUGUGGAGCUGGUCCUGCCCCCCCAUGCCAACCACCAGGGCAAUACCUUCGGUGGCCAAAUCAUGGCCUGGAUGGAGAACGUGGCCACCAUUGCAGCCGGCCGCCUAUGUCAAGGCCAUCCCACCCUGAAGACAAUUGAGAUGUUCCACUUUCGGGGCCCCUCCCAGGUCGGGGACCGGCUGGUGCUCAAGGCCAUCGUCAACAAUGCCUUCAAGAACAGCAUGGAGGUCGGGGUGUGCGUGGAAGCUUACCGCCAGGAGAUGGAAUCCUGCCGCCGGCACCUCAACAGCGCCUUCAUGACCUUCGUGGUCCUGGAUGAAGAAGACCAGCCCGUGACCCUGCCCUGGAUUCAGCCACAAGGCGAGGAAGGUGAACGUCGCUACAGGGAGGCCAGCGCUAGAAAGAAGAUCAGGCUGGACAGGAAGUACAUCGUGUCAUGUAAGCAGGCUGAGGUCCCUCUCUCGGUCCCCUGGGACCCAAGUAACCAGGUAUAUCUGAGCUACAAUAACGUCUCCUCCCUGAAGAUGCUCAUGGCCAAGGACACCUGGGUCCUCACAUCAGAGAUCAAUAAGAUCAAGCUCUACACCUUGGAGGAUGACAAGUUCCUGUCCUUCCACUUGGAGAUGACGGUCUACACGGACACAACUCAGGCCUUCCUGCUCCUGUCUGACCUGAGCCGCAGGCCCGAGUGGGACAAGCACUAUCAGAGCGUGGAGCUGGUGCAGCAGGUGGACGAGGACGACGCCAUCUACCAUGUCAUCAGCCCCAUCCUGGGAGGCGCCGACAGCAAGCCCGGGGACUUUGUCAUCCUGGCCUCUAGGAGGAAACCCUGUGACAGCGGUCACUCGUCGGGCCCGGCCCCCAGAGAGCCCUUCGUCAUUGCCCUAAGGUCGGUCACCCUGCCCACACACCCCGAGACCCCUGAGCGCACCCGAGGAGAGACCCUGUGCUCCGGCUUCUGUCUCUGGAAGGAAGGGGACCAGCAAACCAAGGUAUCCUACUACAACCAGGCCACGACCAGUUUCCUGAACUACGUGACAACCAACGUGUCAGGGCUGUCGUCCGAAUUCAUUACCACUUUCAAGGCCUGCGAGCAGUUUCUCUUGGACAACAAAAGUGAGCUGGCCCUCAGCCUCCAAAGCCUUUAAUGCCUCCCCAGCCCACCCAGCCCCCUCACCUGGGGCUCCUGCUGUCCUUUCCCACUCCAUUCCUCCCCUUGGAGCACAGGACACCUUGGAGUGGAAGGGGACCCCAGAUCCACCUCUCCUGGCUGGAGAUCCGUCCCCUGGUGCUGCCUUCUCAGGGGCUGAGCCACGAGUCAGGCAUCAAAGAGAGCUCAGUGCUCUGAGACUGGCUGCCCCGGCUCCUCCGGCUCCUCUUCUCUGACCUCUUUGUUUUAGUCUGUACCUUGGGCCGUUGGCAAGGCUGCGCCCAAUGGGACUGGGUAGCGUUAGGAUCUCCCAGCAGCCUUGGAAGAACAGAGGUGGCCAGUGCCCCCGUGGCCUCCCCACCAGUGCCAGAGCCCCUGCUGACGGCCCUGGUAGCCAACAGUGCCCUGUUCAUAGAGGCCGGCUGGCGAAGUUCUAGGAGACAGAAGGACCCAGUGACCAGCCUCAGCGGCCUAGGUCUAGGCAGAUCCUGGACCCGGACUGGAGGGCCAGGAGUAGCCAGAUAUGUGUCAGGGCCACUGAACACAAAAGGGCAGAUCCUCUGAGGCUUAAGUUAGCUCCUACCACCCAGAAGUGCCGGAGACCAGGGGUGUCCCAGGGUGCCUCAGGACAGCUUAGGGAGGGGAGAGGGAGAGGGCAGUUAGGCCCAGAGCAGCUGGGAAAGAGUUCCCGGGGUCAUCCAUCACCAGUGAUCCAGUCCCUUUUGAUCCAGAGUUAGGAUAUGUUUCAAAGGCAAAGGAAGGAUUGUAAAUUUUUGUUAAUUUGUAAAUUAAUAAUUAAUUUGUAAAAUCCAAUAAAUAGUCAAGUCCUCUCUAGGUUCAUGUCUGUUUCUUCACACACCAUCCUCCCGGGCUCCUUCCAAGCCACUGAGUUCAGGCUGCCAGGGGAGAGGGGGGUGGAGGCAGGAUUAGGUGGAAGAUCACCAGCCUCAAGUGGGAGGCUAGAAAAUCCCAGAAUCUCUGAGCUGGAACACUUCAGAGCCUACAUUGGAUGAGAAUCCCUUCCACAGCUCUCCUGAGAAGUCAUCAUCAGCCUCUGGGAAGAUCUCUGGGGAAGGGUGGCCCGCCACCUCCCAAAUUUGUCCAUUCCUCUCUGUGACAGCUUGAAUCCAAUCUUCUGAAAGCUCCUGAUGUCGAACCAAGUGUCGUUCUCCUCAGAUCCUUCUCCUUGCUCCUGGUUUUGCUCGGUUGACAGUAGGAGCUUAAUAAAUGCUUUUUGACUGACAUCA